CUGUUAUUUCUACGCCACCUCAGGAUGUUCAGAAUUUCACAGGCAAUGAUGUCAUUUUUGGCUGUGAGGUGUCAGCCUAUCCUAUGCCACACCUUGAAUGGAAAAAAAAGGGGAGUAAGAUGUUCCUGCCAGGAGAUGAUGCCCACAUCUCAGUACAGGCAAGAGGUGGGCCUCAGAAGUUUGGUGUGACAGGCUGGCUGCAGAUUCAAGGCCUCAAAAAAUCAGAUGAAGGAGUUUACAUCUGCCACACCAAAAAUAAGUAUGGCGCAACAUACGCCUCUGCAAGAUUGAAAGUCAUCGAUGGCUCAUCUGCAUUUGCAUUUACUGCUGGCAGUAGAAGUGCAAGCUACAGCAUUGAAUAUGGAGAUUAUUAUGACCAGUCUGAUGAUGAAGAUGAGGAAGAAUAUGAAUCUGGGGACUACGAAAAUUGAAACCACUCUGAAGAAUAAUUUUUACACAUCCGUUGUCCAAUACCUUUCACACUCUGCUACAUUUACUAGUAGUCUCUGUGCUGUAAAUGGCUCCUCUGGUAACACACGUAUUCACUUGUGUAUCUGCCUUCCUGGAAUUCAACUUUGGCUGAAGUGCAUCAUGCUACUUACCAGAAAUAAGAGCAGUUGUAAAUCCAUACAUUUAGACUGUUAAAUAAAAUUCUUA